AUGAUCUGCGUCUUUUUGCGGGGCGGGACUUACACCGGCGUUGUGUCCCAUCCCGCCCCUACAGAUCCACCCAUCGGCGACGGCUUCGCCCGCGUUACUGUGGACCCACCAGAUGACGCCGAGGUGGCGAGGGGCUGGACCCUCAACUCCGUCACGUGGCACGUGUUCGAGGGAGCGGAUACGUGCAUGACUAUUUGCGUCCGGGGCGGCAACACGAGUGCCCCUUUCCGGACGGUCAACCCGAGUCUCGGCGGUAGUGGAUCCUGCAUCACGGCCCUGCGACCAGGAACGGCGGUCUGUGUGGAGCCUUCGUAUGGUUGGAACAUUACGGCAGCGGAGCCGACGUCCGGGAGCCGGCUGAGGAUGGGAAUGGCUGAUUUGCAGGGUGUUUCAGAGGCCGCGUCACUGUCGGAGUCUCUUGCAACUGUGGCCACAGGGAACUUGAUCGAGAAGAUGCAACGCCACGGCUGA